AUGGCAAAUACAGACUUUUCAAUGGAGAAUGUGAACAAUGUGUCUGAAUUCAUGGUCUUGGGACUUACCCAAAAUCAGGACCUACAGAAAGUCUGCUUUGGACUAUUUUUGGUCUUUUACUUAGCAAUUCUCCUUGGCAAUCUACUUAUAACCACAAUCAAAAACAGCCGUCAUCUGAAUUCUCCCAUGUAUUUCUUCCUUGGUUAUCUCUCCUUUGUAGACAUUUGUUACUCAUCUGUCACUGUUCCCAAACUGAUUAGUGACUUCCUUUUAGAGAAGAAAACUAUCUCUUUUAUUGGCUGUAUAGCCCAGUUGUUUGGGGUCCAUUUCUUUGGUUGCACUGAGAUCUUUCUUCUCACUGUGAUGGCAUAUGACCGGUACAUUGCGAUCUGCAGACCCCUUCAUUAUACAACGAUCAUGAACAAGACUGUAUGCAGUUGGAUGGUGGUGGCUUCCUGGCUAGGAGGGUUUGUUCAUUCCAUGGUACAGACUCUUCUAACAACACAUCUCCCUUUCUGUGGGCCAAAUGAAAUCGACCAUUAUUUCUGUGAUGUCCACCCUUUAUUGAAAUUGGCCUGCACUGACACAUACAUUGUGGGACUCAUUGUAAUUGCCAAUAGUGAUAUGAUUUCUGUGAGCUGCUUUCUUGUGUUGACUGUUUCAUACAUUGUCAUCCUAGUUUCAUUACGAAAUCAAUCCUCUGAAGGGCGCAUGAAAGCACUCUCUACCUGUGCUUCUCACAUCACUGUAGUAAUCUUAUUUUUUGGACCAUGCGUCUUUUUCUACAUGAGGCCUUCCACCACAUUCUCCGAGGACAAGAGUGUGGCUGUGUUCUAUACCAUUAUCACCCCUAUGCUGAACCCUAUAAUUUAUACUUUGAAAAGUCAGGAGGUGAAAAAUGCAAUGCGGAUACUGUGGAACAAAAAACAACUCUGGGGUGGGAAAUGCAAGACAAGAUUUGGAAUGAUAAUCUAG